AGAGGAAGCAGACGACCUCAGCUAUAGCCACAGUCACCGUCUGAAUGUCUAUAGCCACAGUCUGCAGCUGAGAGGAGGACUGUGAAAAAUGUGAGCAAGCAAAUACAUUUUUAAAAACAUAUUUUAAUGGCUUUUCCAGCGCACAAAUGAUCAGAACAGAAUUAUCCCAAAAGAGCCUUAUACUAUGAAUCUGCAUUUCUCAGAUUCAUAUGCUCUUCACUACCUACCAGAAGGCUGGACUUUCCAGUAUGACAAUAUGCACGAGAACUUCUCAAGCUUCACCUUCCAGCCAGUGAUUGAGCUCUCUUAGCCAGGUCUGUCUGCUGUGCUCCUCUGGAACUUAACUCAUCAGAACCCAGUUUCAAACUGUCAAAAAACCUUCCAACUGGUACCAGGUUUAUCAGAAAUCCAGAAAUCUUGUGGGCAUUUUUACUAUUACGGAUAAAAUGUGUGCUCACAUUUAUGAGAUUUUCAAAUGUCACACUUGCCAUUCGCAGCUGUCAGUGUAGCAUUAAUGCUAUGGAUGACAUCCUCUCCCUUUGGUCUAAGACUGGUUUCAGAUUUCAGGCGAAUAAGUGGCUUUCCGGUUUCCCCAGCCUUAAAUGAUGUCAAUAAAUGUUGUUGGAUUUUUUUUUUUUAAGGUGAAGUAUUCGUAGAACUGUAAACUGUGAACUGGACACACAACUGACAUUAAACACCGGAAUACAGUAAAUCUAUUUUUAAGCACAGGUUCUUGGUUUCAGGAGAAUUUAUUGGGUAUAAGAGGAAAGGGUGAAGAGAGAGCAAGUGACACGGGAGCGAUGCAUGGGCUCUGAUUGCGAAAACAAAAAUGACAAAAUAUGAUUCAAUGAAAAAAGUGAUCAAAGACUGAAUAAAGACUCUGGUUACGGAGUCAACCACAUUAAGCAGAAUUAUCGUAAUGUCUCUGUCAGUGUGUGGAUAAGAGGCUCCAGGUCAUUUAACAAUAAUGUCUCUAAUAGUGUUUGUGGCAGUGGCACUCAUACAUCUAAAGAUCACCAGGCUUUGCGAGUCUGCAGAUUUAAUAUCACCAUUAAUGUUACUGUUUAUUAUUUUUCGAUGAGAUAAUGUCUCGCUAAAAUGAAUAAAGUCAUCUGGCAGCUGUAAGUGCAGUUUUUAUUCUUUCUUUCUAUAAGAUCGGUUGGUGGAAGUCAGUUUAUUAGAUGUCAGUAAUACGUAAAGUAAUUAUAACGAUGCAGGAACUAGUGAGUACUGAGCAAAAGUCCCGAGUCACCACUCAUCUUUUUAUAUUUUGCAAACAUACAUAAAAUUAAAUUAAAACUGCUAAUUUUUUCAGAGAGUCUGGGGAAGUCUUGUUAGGACCACUUUCAAAAUAACAGAAAUGUCAGUCUCCUCGGAAGCAAAAUACAAAGAAAGGAUGUGUGGCUCAAAACUUUUGCCCAGUAUUUACCGAUAAGUUAAUUUUAGGACUAGCAUGAUGAAUAGAAAUGACUGACUUGAAUACAGACCCCGAAAGGAGAGCGGUCUCCUGUCUGCGUACGUGUUCUGCACGGACAACAAAAACGUUUCCGCACGGACGAUUUUAACAGUCGCACUGGGUGAGAGCGUGCCGUUACAACAGCAUGGCGUCAUGUAGUGGUAACUGAGCCGGUGAUCGCUUGCAGCUUUGUUUAGUAACGAACAUGUCGGGAGCGUCAGGCGGAGAGAAACGUCCUCCUCCAAACUGGAUCCUGCAGCAUCCCGCGUACCAGCAGAUGAAGGACCUGCAGAUUGAGGACAGCGCUCAGGUGCAUGCAGCUUUUCUUGUGUACAUGGAUCUUACUGAGGUGCGGCGCUGGAAGGAGGUGUCCUGCGUGAAGAGUUCUGAGCUGCAGGUGGUUUUACUGGAAGCGAGGGAGAAGGAAGGAGCACCCACUCUGACGAUCCUCCCCCUGCCCGCUCACCAGUCUGUGACUCACAAAAGCAUACGACACGUCCUGGACAGGGGCUUUCCUGUGCUGCUGUGUGCAGUAGCAGCUGACUCCACGCUGGUCUACCAGAGGAUGACGGAUGGCCUGGUGACACCAGACCCUCCUGUAGGACCUUUUCAAGAUAUGGGACGCCGGCAGCACCGGAAGAGGCGGCAGCAGCGCUGAGCAGCUGACUGAGAAUGUGAUGAAUCGCUCAAAGAUGGAAAAGAGCCCCACAGGACCCCUUCAGGGGGAGUAUGUGAUUGUUAGGAUGACCUUGUGGCAACCUCUGGCAUCGUGAAGUUCAUCUCAGAUGCAUGUUGAGAGUUUAAGGCGAAAAGAGAUAAAAUUAACCUUAAGAAAAGGGUGCAGAGAUUAGAAGUAACAUUCCUUUUUUAAUGACAGUUGAGCUCCUGUUACAAUAUAUGGAGUGGUUUGGUUUGUUUGCUGCGGUGUAUGCACACUACAGAGUUGACUAGAAGCUUUCACAAUGAAAUCAGGGAUGCCAUAUCUCGUUUCCAUGCCUCCAAAGAAACCUUUCAGUGGGGCCGGAUGAGUCAGCAUCCACAAAGCUUACAGCUUUGCCAGUGAGUAUAUGUGAUAAAUUACAGGAAAAGUAGUUCCUGAAAAGGUAGUUCAUUACCUAGACUGUCCUGCAAAUAUAAAGUAUACAUUUUUUGUUAAUUCAAGGAAAAUGAUCUUUAUUUGUUUGUUGUAAAACAAAAACAGACAUUUCUAUAGUAGAUAGUAGGAAAACAGAAACUUAUUUGUCGUUUAAUUGUUUAUCUGAAAGUUAAUUACUUUGAUGUGUGAAUGGCAAAGCUGUAACACUUAUGAAAAUACAGCUAAAAGUUCAUAAUCUAUGCACUCCUUGAAUUUUCCAAAGCUGUCCAGUUGGUUAGAUCGGACACUUCAUUUCAUUACUUUCUGGUUCAUUCUGUAACUUUUCUGCAUCUGUUCAUGAGGGAAAUGUCUCUGUUUGUGUAAAAAAAACAACACAAAAAGGAGACACAAGGUCAUAGUGUCUCAAGUCUAAUAUUUUGGGGAGGUGCACGUGUCCCCCUGAAAUUUACGCCUAUGGUUUGUAAUCCAUGUCAGCACAUUGGUUUUUGACAAUAAUCCCUUAAACACAAUUAUUAAGACCUACUAUAAAUGUCAGUGAUUGUUUUAUUUAUUUUUUAAAACAAAUGUGCCUUAUUUUGAAAUAAACAUCAGGUGUGAGAAAGACUAAAAGCUUCAAAUGUAUUCUUUCUUAAUUUUUUUUUUUUAAAAAGGACCUAAGGUAAACAUUGUUUUAUUCUUUAAAAACUUGGUGCCAACCCUGAAGUGUGAUUUGCGGUUAAAGGUAUUUUUCCACAGCAGGCAUUUUGGCUGGAAAUGGUAAGUAAACAGGUGUUACUAAAUGCAGAGCUUUUGUUAAUGUUAGUAACAAAAAUGGCUCCUGGGUUAGCAACUAACUCAGCUUGUCGAUAAAAGUGGCAAAUCGUUUCCUGCUUCAGUUUGUAGACUUUAUAAGUAACAAAAAAAUAGCCAAAAAAAAUCCUUUAUUAAUUUUGGAGUGCAGUGCAGAAAUACCUGUAUUGGUGUAUAUGUAGUGUGUUUGCCAUUAAUUUAAAAAACAAGCACAAGUUGUGCUUGCAAUGAUUUUGAAAUUGAG